AUUAACAAAUAUUACGGCGGCAAAAUGGCCAAAACCCCCAAGCCACCAUAACCAUCACUCUCACUACUCUAAUUCCAGCUUAAGGGGGAAGGGGCCACAACCAAUUCACUUCCUAAUUCUUCUUCAAUUUCAAUUCCUAUUCUUUUUAUAUUCCUUACUCCUCCAAUCGUAAGUCCUUCUCAUCUCUCCUCAAUUCUUUCAAGGGCUUCGAUUCACUCUUUUUGGGGGAGAUUUUCUAGGGCUUCUUACUCUCAAACUAUUGGAAGAUGUGGUUUCAAUUCUUCAAAUAAAGUUCAAGGAAUUGUUUCUGCUGAGCACAAUGCGGUUGUUUCCACUGAGCAUAAGGUCGCAAAGGGAGCAGAACAGUGACCAGAAGAGCCGUGUUACGGUGUACCUCAAUGUUUAUGAUCUUACUCCCAUAAACAAUUAUCUUUAUUUCUUUGGCCUUGGGGUCUUUCAUUCUGGUAUUGAAGUGCAUGGUAUGGAAUAUGGCUUUGGAGCACAUGAGUACGCAUCGAGCGGUGUGUUUGAGGUAGAACCAAGAAGUUGCCCAGGUUUCAUCUUUAGACGAUCAGUGUUGUUGGGCAGCACCGAUAUGUCUAAGUCAGAGUUCCGGUCUUUCAUUGAGCGCCUCGCUGAAAAAUAUCAUGGAGACACUUACCAUCUUAUUGCCAAGAAUUGCAACCAUUUUACAGAUGAAGUUUCCCAACAACUAACUGGGAAGCCUAUUCCUGCAUGGGUAAAUCGGCUGGCUCAUGUCGGUUCUUUCUGCAGUUGUCUGCUUCCACAAAGCCUUCAGGUCGCUGCAGUUAGACAUCUCCCGGAAUGCCUCACAUAUUCUGAUGACGAUGGAUCAAAAUCCGAUGGCCUUUCCCUGUCAGUCGAGAGUGAAGACGAGGAUUCAAAUCACCAUCUCCUAACUGCACCAAACGGUGAUAUCGCCUUUCUAAAGGAGAAACCAGUUAGGGUAGCAAGAGAGGUCAUAUGAUUGUUAUUCCUUCAUCUUCUGGGUUAUUAUUGUCCGGUUGUUCUACUGUCUUGUACCGUAUGUAUAAUGAGCCUUUAUAGUACAACAAUUUUCUCAUAAGUGAAAUAUCUUAGACUGAAAGUCAAAGGGUUAAGCUUGUAGAUUGAAGACAAUAGUGUGUUGUAUAUUUUAUCAUGCAAGUGUCAAUAUGGACCAGAUGAUACUGUUGUAGAUGUUACUACCUAUUACCAAGUGCAAUAUACACCAAGAUGUGGGACUAUGCCAGUUUAACUUUA